CGGCCCGGCGCCUGCGCUCCCUUCCGCUUCCGACGCGCUGUCCGCCACCGGGUGGAUGUGCGGCAACAACAGGUCUGCCCCGCUGCCCGCCGUCGUGCCCACCGCCCAGAAGGCCACCGCUGCGGUUAUUUUCCUUCAUGGAUUGGGAGAUACUGGGCACGGAUGGGCAGAAGCCUUUGCAGGUAUCAGAAGUUCCCACAUCAAAUACAUCUGUCCACAUGCGCCCAUUAUGCCUGUUACAUUAAAUAUGAAUAUGGCUAUGCCUUCUUGGUUUGAUAUCAUUGGACUUUCCCCAGAUUCUCAGGAGGAUGAAUCUGGAAUUAAACAGGCCGCAGAAAAUGUAAAAGCUUUGAUAGAUCAAGAGGUAAAGAAUGGCAUUCCCUCUAACAGAAUUAUUUUGGGAGGAUUUUCUCAGGGAGGCACUUUAUCUUUAUACACUGCUCUUACCACGCAGCAGAAACUGGCCGGCGUCACUGCGCUCAGUUGCUGGCUUCCACUUCGGGCUUCAUUUCCACAGGGUCCUAUCAAUAGCACUAAUAGAGAUAUUUCUGUUCUCCAGUGCCAUGGAGAUUGUGAUCCUUUAGUUCCCCUAAUGUUUGGUUCUCUUACUGUUGAAAAACUAAAAACACUGAUAAAUCCAUCCAAUGUAACCUUCAAAAUCUAUGAAGGCAUGAUGUAUAGUUCACGUCAGCAGGAAAUGAUGGAUGUCAAGCAGUUCAUUGAUAAACUCCUACCUCCAACUGAUUGACGUCACUAAGAGACCUUGUGCAGACGUUCACCAGCAUCACUGUAGUAGAGUAUAAACCCUUUCCCAUGCCUGAUUGUAAAACUUCUAAUGUUUGCAGUAUUAAAAUGUUUUGCAAAUACAAACCAAUGAUACAGAAAAAAAAAA